GGGUCGGAGAACUAACCGUACACAGAACACCUGUAUCUCUGGCGAACAUUUGUGAAUUUCUUGUUUGCUUAUUGAGUUACGGUGCCACUCUUAGAUCACCAGCACAGAUAGUUGAUCACAGGAAACAUAAGCUAACGUGACUUGCCCGCCAUUGCUAUUCAGUCUUUAGUGUCGUGCUGGGCGGGGCAUCUCUGACCGACAGUCAAGAUGAAUCUUGAGCAGGCGCAAGACGAAUUUGAGAAGCUCCUCGAGCGAAUCGACCCUGCAAAAUCAGCAGAGUUCAUACUUUGGAUCCAGAGGAGGUAUCUGACGGCAAACUGCGCAGGUCACCACGUGGCCGAAGCCCACCACAAGAUGCGACAGAUCUCCGAGUACCUCAGGAGCAUUGUCCCAGGAAAUGCAGUUCUUCCUUCUGAAAACAUCAUUGUACCAAAGAAAGGAGAGAAUGCAGACUGUGAUCCGGCAACGACUGUCCAUGUUGACGCAUUCCUUUAUGACGAUGAAGCCAUUGACGAAUUGGUCGAGGAAGGAAAACUGAGCCGGAGCUACUGCAAAGCUUGUGGUUCUCACGACACGGCCCCCCUGACGUUCAUUUCACACUCUGCGUCGGCUCGCAGAGCAGAGUUCAUUUUCAGGGAGAUGUUGCCUUAUCUGAAAGACAAAUCCGUACUUGACGUGGGCUCCAGACUGGGUGUCAUGCUCUAUGCUGCCCAUGCAUUUACCCCAGCUAAUCCUAUUAUUGGCGUCGAGAUGAAUCCCGACCUGUGCCAAAUUCAAGAAACUGCCAUCAAGCAUUUCCACAUGGAAGACAGGAUCAAGGUCAUUAAUGCGAACGUGCUCACCAUACCAGACCUUGUUGCCAGCUCUGAUGUCGUGAUCCUCAACAACGUGUUUGAGUUCUUCACACCUGAGCAGGAACAAGUGGCCCUGUGGCAGUUUCUCAGGCGCACCAUCAAGAAGGGAGCCGUCCUCGUCACCGUUCCCAGCCUCGAGGACUCACUCAAGAAUCUCCAGACUGGAAUAGUCAUAUCGGAGUGGGUCAAACAGCGUUACGUCACUGACCCCCUGGCCUACAGCUUCGUCAUGGAUCACGAAGAGCUGACUGAACUGUGCAGCUACGACAUUCUGUGAUGCGCUUGUGUCCUGCUGGCUGAAUUUAUUCAGUCGCGUUAUGCAAUGUUUUUUAUUUUUAUCUAUCAGUUAUAUGCGUCGGGCAGAAAAGCGCGGAAUUGCUUAAGUCUGCUUAGAGCUUUUAUACACAGUCUCAAUAAAAUUAGAAGUGUGAAAAAAAAUAGAUAUAUAUUAUAUAUAUUAUAUAUAUAUAGCAGUGCAACUGGUCCUUUCGCUGUUUCAUGCACUCACCUUCCACUUUUUUGUGACUGUUCUUAUUUCCAAUGAAACUUCAUCAGCAAUUUUAAAAAUGCACUGAGUGACACCUGUUGUUUCAUCCAGUAGUGAUAGCCUGCUUAACUUUAUAAUGUUUAUGUACUUUCUUUUUUUUUUCGCAACACUUUAUUUCAGCCCGGUGUUCUCAAAUAGGCGUUGGCUCAAAGCUGUUACGCGAAUUUCGCCCAAUGCUGAAAAGGGGAGGUUUUAGUGGAAAGAACUUAAAAUUUGAAUGCUAUGUUAGUGGUUGCUUGAAAACUGCACCUUGUCACAGAUUUGAGUGGAGGCCGGGAUAAUGUAACAAUACUGCAUUAAAGCCAUUCCUCGGUGCACUUCACCAGGGUUAUCAAUGAGACCAUCUGAUGAAUGGAUGAUGGAGUAUCAGGAUGAUAUAUUAAUCAGCGUUGCAUAAAACAGGGGAAGGGAUCUCUACAUUAUACAAAUCCUGGUUGCAUACUCCGUGUUCAAGAAUUGCCGAGGAGCGUCAUUGAAGCACAGGACUGCUCAGGUUCAGGUGCAGUAUUGUGCAGAGGAAUCAGCUGAAAUGUCAGGACAAAUCCGUCCCUCUAGAUGCAUAAUGAAGAGCAUUUUAGCUAGAGCAGACAUUGUUGAACUUGUGCCAGUGAACUUGUCACUUAUGUUGUCCACACUGUGCAGGAGGUGACCAACGAGAUUAGCAAUGAUAGAAACUUGCGAUUUUCUUUUAAAGCUUCGCAAACGAUGCCUAUGGAGACUUUUUCGCUACAACGCUUGAAAUUUGGCCGAGAAACUGCCUCAUCUUCUACGGGUGACUUCGAAACAUUGACAUCUAGAAACUUAGAAAGCCACGGCACUUCCACACGAACGGGUCGUCCAUAUACAUCUCCUGUUGACCUUAUUUUCUUUGUUUUUAUGGUAUGCACUUUUUAUAAAACGAACCAAUUUACUACUACACUGGUGCUUUCAUUCCGUGCACACUCCAGUGAAAUUGUGGUAUUCACAAUUGCUGCGAAUACUGCACAGCAAAUUGUGCACAGGGCAGCCUCCAAGCCAGCCCUCUCUGUAUUGUAAUUUUUUUUCCGUACCUUACGAGUUAUAUUCUUUUCAUAUGCCGAAUGUAGUCAAAUGGCUGUUACUUGAAAGCAAGUUAAUAUGCUAACUUUACAUUAAGAAUGUCUUUACAAACAGAGCAUUUGCUGUGAUCUGGACUGGCAAAAGAGACUUUGAAGAUUAACCUGGCUUUGAUUUUGUUCAGGUACUAUCUAGAUAAUAAUGUACGACAGUAAUACACUGUUAUCUAAUCUAGAUGUAUGUGUUGUGUUGCAUACAGAAUAUAUCCAAUUAACCUUUCUAGCAAAUAUAGAUUGCUAUAAAUUGCAUGCAGCACAGAUGGUGCCUGCUUCGAUUUUAUGAUGCGCUGCCAUGAUUUGCCUUUUUCUAGUGCCUUUUAUCUUAAUGCGCCAUUGCAAUGUAAAGUAAUGCAGCUAUUCCAAGUUGAAGCAUGUGAUAAUAUGUUGUCUAUAGAUAGUACAGUCAGCAAGUGCUAGUAAAGUAUAUGUGCUAGUUUGCUUGUCAUCCAAAUGUGUUGUUACCUUGAUACAACUUAUCCUCGCAUCAAUGCCGCACAUGUAAACAAGUGAACUGUCUGUAUCGAGAGACGUUAAUAAACUGGAUCUGUUAGAGAGGUUCUCAGCACGUUUCUUUUUAUAGUCAAAAAGAAAAAGUUUCUAUCUUUCUAUGUUGUCAGUAGUUCACCUAUCAUCAUGAAUUAAAACAGUGUCAACUUUCUAGAACCCAA